AGUGUCAUCACUACGUGGCAAGUCGCAACGAACGGAUAUAACGAGAGCUGACAUUUCAUACGUCCACAUCUCAUUUUUGUUUGUACAUUUCGAAAGUAGAUUUUCACUUGUUUCGCUCGUGGUCUUCUAAAGUAAAAUCAAUAUACAAUGCCUGCUCCAGCUAGUUCUACUUCAGUAGGAAGCGGUACCCGCUCACCCAGUAAAUUAUCAUCACCUGCACCACGAAGUGGUGGAGCUGGAGGUAGCAAUCUGAAACAACGUAAAACAGCAAGUAGCAGUACUACCGCUCCCAGAAGCCGAGCCGCUGGUGGUGCCGGAGCCGGUGGUAUGUGGCGCUUCUACACAGAUGACUCCCCUGGCAUUAAAGUAGGUCCCGUUCCUGUUUUGGUGAUGUCUCUUUUGUUCAUUGCUUCCGUUUUUAUGCUACACAUCUGGGGAAAAUACAACCGCUCUUAAAUCAUAGCUUAACUCUAACUACACAUUCAUCCAAUUGUUCGGAUAACCUUCCCGUAAUGACAAAAAAUGUUCAUUAAUAUUUAUUUGCCGACGUCAUCAUCAGUGAUGCUACCACUGUCAACCUUCUGUCGUGAAAUCCGUACGUUGUCGUCUGUACUUUAGUUAUUUUCAUUAAGUUAACCAUCCUUUUUUAAAGAAUUUGUAUCUGCAAUUUUCAUGCAGUCCAUGAAAAAAUCAUUCCACAAUUUUUCAGUGGCUUAAAAAUUAGAAAAAUAAAUCCUUUUAUAAAUAAAUAAUAA